CCGCACGGUGACGUGAGCAUCAGAGCAGAUACAGGAGACAACCACGGUAUGGGUCCUACAGGAUGGAGGUGGCGCUCUAAACCCAACCGCUCUAAUCAGAGCCACUUGAUUUGCAUACUUGGCUAAUUAAUUGUCUAGGGAGAUAUCCUUUUAGGAUGUCACCUUGAUGACUGGUGGUCGGCAAACAUACACACACCACUGCGCAUGACGACGGCGGUAAUUAUUAUUCAUCGUUAUGUGUUGUUCAUCAUCAUCAUCACCAUCAUCAUCAUCAUCGCGUGGAUGGUAGGGUUCCGCGUGCGCGCGUGUUGUCGCUGGCUACUUGGCCCCAGGGGCGAUUUAUUUUGAUCUGAUUUAAAAAAGAAAAAACUCCCAACAUACGCGAAGUGACAUCGAGGAGUGAACUAUCGGUGAUGUAGCAGCCAGCAGGCCGUCAUCAACUAUGUCUUCACAGAGAAACCAAGGUGCCAAAAAAGCGAUAGAUGAUCUUUCGGAAGCCCAAAUUGCAGAAUUCAGACAAGCCUUCUCAAUAUUCGACAAAGAUGGCGACGGGACCAUCACACACAAGGAGCUGGCUACUGUCAUGAGGUCGCUGGGUCAGAACCCCUCCGAGGCAGAGCUGCAAGACAUGAUCAACGAGGCUGAUCAAGAUGGAAACGGGACGAUAGACUUUACGGAGUUUGUCAGCAUGAUGGGACAGAAGAUGAAGGAACUGGACACGGAAGAGGAAAUUCGGGAAGCCUUCAGAGUAUUCGACAAGGACGGCAACGGCUUUAUCAGUGCAGCAGAGCUCCGUCACGUGAUGCUGAGUUUGGAUGAUAAGGUUGACAAGCAUGAGGUGGAAGAGAUGAUACGGGAUGCGGAUGUGGACGGGGAUGGGCAAGUCAAUUAUGAGGAAUUCGUCGCCAUGAUGAACUCGGACAAAUAAAGGGAAUUUUGGAUAAGCGACAUCGAACCACUUGUGCCUCCAAAACGUUUUCAGAUGUUCUUCUGUACAAGACGGUUAUCCUAAUCACACACGGAUUUUUUUCAAUGAUGGCAUGUGUUAUUUUCGGUUUAAAGAUUGGGUAAACUGAUAUUGCAAUCAGUGGUGUAUUCAGUAUAUUCGUAGAUUUUCUCUUUUAUAAUGAAAGCGCCACCACUGGACAAUAUGCACUUGCAUUGUCCCCUCCACUGACGAAAACAUAUCUUUAAUUAUGAAUUCAUGAGAUUUUAAUCUUCCCCGUUUUAUGUCGUUCUCACAUUGGACCACGUUCUAAAUGUUAAAGCUGUAGACCUUCAUAAAUAUCCGUUAGCAUUGUAAUGUAUACCGAGAAAGUAUGACAUACACACAUAACACACAAGGCAAACAUUCUUCACAGACGUUGGCGGCGCAACGCGUACACUUUUUGAAAGCCGUUUUUCUCUCGAAAUGAGGUCGCCGAAGUUCGGUGAUACACAAUCUCUUUUCUCGUAGCAUUUUCGGCAUAAUAUAAGCUACAGCAAUAACUUUUAUACCGAUGGAAAUGUCAUGGGUUGCUCUUUAAUAUGAUGUAUAUAUCUUAAUAUCGUGGCUACCUGUUUUCAGCAAAUAAUCCCCCCCCCUUCUCCCGCCCCAUACUUACUCAACUCCCUGGACACACCACUGUUUGCAAAAAAAAUUUCCAUGAGCACACCUGGAAAUAAACUUAUAUUCUCUUCUUUGCCAACCUCGAGUGAAACAUCGAUAUAUUCUGCUUGAAAAUAUUUAUGCGACGUGAGCCCCCCCCCCCCCCCC